AUGAACUACGGCGAAUACAUCUACGGCACGCGAAUCAGCUCAGAUCUUGCCAAGUCAUCCACUGACGUAAGUCGCGCUUCCAUAACCGCCUGCCGAGCCGCGUACCCUGUCGCCUUCCCGUCCAGUCGUUUCCGCCCCCAAGCCUUUCUCCCCUCUCCCAUUCCCCACCUUCCCCCUCCCAUUCCCCACCUUCCCCCUCCCAUUCCCCGCUCCCUCUCCUUCCUCUCUCUGUUGAACUCAUCUCCCCGUCCCCACCUUCUCGUUGUUGCCGUCACGCCCACUCCCAUCUCCGCAACCCCCCCGACCCCCCCAUCCCCCCCUCCGCGUCCCCCUACCCCCCCCUCCUGCCCCCAUCGCGAAGACCUUCCCCGACUGCUGCACGGACUGCGCCAACACCGCUGCCUGCCACUCUUUCCAGUUCUACACGCCAGAGUAGUUCUACACGCCAUUGCUGCGCGCUCCAUCGCGCUGUACCGUUCUCCACCGCACUGCAUCGCAAUCUUUCGCAAUCUCACAAGCAGUUUUCUUCCCUCCCCCACCUUCCCCUCCCCCCCUCCCUCCCACCUCCCUCCCACCCCCCCUUGCUCCCCCCCUCCACUCCCCACCUCCCACCUCCCCCCUUCAGUUCCAUUUCUUCUGCACCUGGCGGACAGAAGCAGUGCUUCCUGCUCUCCGAAGCGCCGGCUGGCCUGGCGAUUAGCGGGCCUCUCAGCUAUGUUGGCGGGGUGA